GGAGCGAUAGCUCACAAUGUAAUAGAGUUUUAGCGCAGUCUUGCUUUUCAUAGGCGUGUGUCAACUGUGUGUGCCAAGGGCUGCUCCGCUUACUAAUGCGAUUAAUGAACACAACGAACCAACUGAAGGAACACUAAACAAACACCCUGAUUGUCCGUUUCGUCUGUUUUAAUACGGACAAGCUGCGUGUCUGCAAGGAAUCAAGCCUCUACACGAGCACAAAGGAACAUUAAAAACGAAGCAAAGGUGGUUUGUGGAAUGUCACAACUUCCUUAAGUGAUCCAGCACUUUACCCUCAGCUUAAUCACCUGACUGAAAUCCUGCUAUCUGAUUGGAUCAUCUUUUGAGGAUCUCGAGUGAAAAUCUCUUUGGUCUUGCGUAGCCAUCUACCCUCUUGAACACCAGUGACAGCCAAAGCUUUUCCACCACUGCUCCUCUCCUGAAAGGAUAACAGAUCUCGAGUGAAAAUCUCUUUGGUCUUGCGUAGCCAUCUACCCUCUUGAACACCAGUGACAGCCAAAGCUUUUCCACCACUGCUCCUCUCCUGAAAGGAUAACACUGUGGGCUUGAAAACCUGCCAACAGCAGAUAAAUGCAUUUAGCAUGAUACCCCUCCCCUCCUCUUCUCCUCCUGGUCUCCGCCAAAUGCUGUGGAAGUGGAGCAAGAUGCCAUUUCCGAUGCCUGCAGAGGGUUAGAUGGCAGCCGUGAUACUGCAGACUGAGCUGUGGCCAGAGGGGUGGUGUUCAGUCUACUCUGGGUCAUGCUGUGUGGCUGACUUCUAUGCUCUAGCUGAAAUGAGGUUGGUGAUUUUGGGGUCGCGGCCCCUCUUGGCCUUGACCUUCAUGCUCACCCUCACCUGCCUAAAACAUCUGUGCCAUGGUGCGCCGCCCUUCCCUCAGGACCUGGAGCCCAUCAGCACUGUCGGUAGUGAACGCACCUACCUGUACCCCAGUUUCCAGGGGAACAUGUCAGAUAACGACACCGCCAGGCUAGGGCUGGAUUUCCAGAGGAUGCUGCGGAUUAAUCACAUGGUCUACAUUGCUGCAAGAGAUCACGUUUUUGCCAUUAACCUCAGUGCUUCAGCGGAGCACAUCGUCCCCCAACAGAAACUGACAUGGAAGACAAAGGAUGUGGAGAAAUGCACAGUCAGGGGGAAAAACAGCGAUGAGUGUUACAACUACAUCAAAGUGCUGGUGCCACGUAACGAUGAAACACUCUUUGCGUGUGGAACCAAUGCGUUCAACCCAACAUGUCGCAACUACAAGAUGUCGUCUUUGGAGCAGGAGGGAGAGGAGGUGGUCGGUCAAGCCCGUUGCCCUUUCGAAUCCCGCCAGUCCAACCUUGGCCUGUUUGCCGGCGGUGACUUUUAUUCAGCCACAAUGACAGAUUUUCUAGCAAGUGAUGCAGUGAUUUACCGAAGUUUAGGAGAAAGCAGUCCUGUCCUGCGUACCGUGAAGUAUGACUCAAAAUGGCUUCGAGAGCCUCAUUUUCUUCAUGCCAUUGAGUACGGGAACUACAUCUACUUCUUCCUCAGUGAGAUUGCAGUGGAGUACACCACCCUUGGCAAGGUGGUGUUUUCUCGGGUCGCUCGUGUGUGCAAGAAUGAUAAUGGCGGUUCUCCAAGGGUUCUGGAGCGCUACUGGACGUCUUUCCUGAAAGCCCGAUUAAACUGUUCGGUUCCGGGCGAUUCGUUUUUCUACUUUGACGUCCUUCAGUCAUUAACCAAUGUCAUGCAGAUCAACCACAGGCCUGCAGUGUUAGGCGUCUUUACCACUCAAGCCAACAGCAUCACCGGUUCUGCCGUAUGUGCGUUCUACAUGGAUGACAUAGAGAAAGCAUUCAGUGGAAGGUUUAAGGAGCAGAGAAACAGCGAGUUGGCCUGGACGCCAGUUCCUGAUGAAAUGGUGCCCAAACCACGGCCGGGGUCCUGUGCUGGUGAUGGCCCUGCUGCUGGUUAUAAGUCCUCCACAGAUUUCCCUGAUGAAACUCUUACAUUCAUUAAGUCUUAUCCACUAAUGGAUGAGGCCGUACCAUCUGUCAACAACCGACCCUGUUUCACACGAACCACUAGCAGGUUCAAGCUGACCCAGAUUGCUGUGGACACAGCAGCUGGCCCAUAUAAGAACUACACGGUUCUGUUUCUGGGUUCGGAAAAUGGACGCGUUCUGAAGAUUCUCGCCAGCACGCAUCCAAACUCCACCUACAGCACGCAGGUUUUGGAGGACAUAGAUGUUUACAACCCCAACAUGUGUAAUGCACGUGGUGAGGACCGGAGGAUUUUGGGAUUGGAGUUGGACAAGGACCAUCAUGCCCUGUUUGUGGCGUUCUCAAGUUGCGUGAUCCGUGUUCCACUCAGUCGCUGUUCUGACUAUGGUGAUUGCAAAAAGAGCUGUCUGUCCUCGCGAGACCCUUACUGCAUCUGGCUGAGCGUGGGGAACUGUGCCUCAGUGGCGCCGGGAUUCAAGUCUGGAUUUGAGCAGUAUGUGGAGAGUGGAUAUCCUGAGUACCCAGACAGCUGUCAUGAUGUCUUGGCCACAACUCGCAAGCAGAACCCUGCAGUGGACUCGGCAUACGGAAAUACCUCACCCACAAGCGCCAGCACAACCAAUCAGGGACCAGCUCUGCCUAAAAUCAAGGGUGUCUCUGAGACAGGUACCCGCCCCGAGGAGGGGAGGCGGGGAGGGCAGGGUUCUCCUGACUUGAAGCCAGGCAGUGUGGAGAUGGAGGGAGUGCGUCGACUCCCUGAGGUAGAUAAGUCCAACCACAGUGUUCACUACACUCUGCUCAUUGCGUGUGUCCUGGUGGCGUUUGUCCUGGGAGCUUUCCUCUCUGGAUUUCUCGUUUCCUGUUACUGCAACCACAAUGUGAACAAGACCAAAAGGCUGUCGAAAGAUUCAGAAGCACCAAUCCCACAUGCUCUAUCCUUGCGCAGCCUGGCCAAGUUAAAUGGCUUGCUGGAGAGCCAAAACAAGGAUGAGAAGCUGGAGGUAUCCUCCCCCAAACUCUAUAACUCUUUCUUUGCAAAUGGAAAAGAGCAGGUGCAUCACAGGAAUGGCCAUCAUGCUGCCAUGACCGAACUCAUUCACCCACAUCAUCACAGCUCCGCAGAGCUCUCUGGCCUUCCGACGCCUGAUUCGACACCAGAGCUCCCGAUCAAGAGUAUGAAGGCCUUCAAGAACCAAUGGGAGAAGAAUCAAAACUGCAAUAACGCUAAAGAACCCAAGUCCCAUAACAUGGGAGCAUCUCGUCCGACCACUGGGAUGCAGCAUCAGGUUUUCCCCUUCUCUCAAGGAAUGACCAACGGACAAGUACUAGGUAGCUCAGCACACAUGGAGGAACGCAAAGUUCACAGUGCGGAGCGUGUGGCAAGCCAGCCGUAUCACUGCUACCCUCACAAGAUUGUGGAUGUCACCUCGCUUGAUGAGCUUCUGAAACACAUCCACGAAAUCAAUGUGGCUACGGGCAGGAGUUCCACUGUCCUCACCUCAUCCAUGUCAGCCAACGCUGGACAGAUGGCGUUCGCAAACCGCGUGCAGCCGCAGAUCCCAGAAACAGAGUCUGCGCCGUACUAUAGUUCCUCCACUCUUCCUCGGGACAGUCUUACUCGCCGCAUGGAUGUCCCACCAGAGAUUCCUCCUCAUCAUCAAUCCACUCUGGAGAGAGUGUCCCGUCACCAAUCUCAGCGCCACUCUUUGAUAACCACUCCCAAGAUGCCCAGUGGAGGUGUGGUGCCACGGCAGCAUAGCUUCAACCAACGCAGCGCCCAUCAGCCCCUGCUGCUCUCCCGAAUGAAUUCUAACGGCAGCAGUUCAGGUUGCGAUAUACGGCACCCACUCAUCCCUAAUGGAUACCUAACUCGCCAGCAUAGCUACAGCGAGCAGCCAGAUGUCCACCGUGGAGCUAUUGUCCGUCGGACAGCCUCACUCAAGCCCGACGUCCCACCCAAACCACUGUUCAUCCCUGCUAGCUCGCCUGUGAACCAGGCAGGGAAGUUCAACUACUGAACGACAGAGAAGAAAAGCCUGUGGUUUUUCAUAAAAAGCUACUUGACCUCUCAGAACCAACUGUGGUCUACAAUAGUGAAAAGAUUGGACAAAAAAAACUUGCCUUUAUGGGGGAACUAAAAAAAAUCCUCUGGAGUUUGGCUGCCAGUGUUGACGAUUUUACAUUUGAACUAUGACCUGUUUUUCUGUUUCAUUAAUAUAUUUGUACCAUAUUGGUAUUGUUCAGCUAUUGGCCAUUAGGAGAAAAGGAGUUACAGGAGUUCACCUAGAUUUAGGCUGCCACAGUGAUAAGUGUGUGGCUUUACAAUGUUUCUUUGGACUGUACGGACAGGUGUCACUGCUCCGAAUCUCUGGACCUGAACUUUUAUCCGAACAAGUGUACACAACUUGUUUGAUAUUCUGAUCUUUCUUGCUUUGGCUUAACUAUUCCAUUGAUGUAGAGUUGAUGAACUGUGCUGAUCCCAAUUAGAAAUGUAUAUAUAUAUAU